AGAAUCAAAAUGGCGCCUGCUGCCUGCCCACUGCUCAACACUCGUUUAAUCCACCUGUGAUUACCCCGAUACGCACAUUCUCUUUUUAUUUUUUCCCCACUGGUGGUUUUUAGGAGCACAUCUCAGCGCCAUGUCUGACUCGGAGGAGGACAGCCAGGACAAGCAGCUGAAGAUCGUAGUGAUUGGAGACGGAGCGUGUGGAAAGACGUCACUCACCACCAGGUUUGCACAGGAGGCCUUUGGGAAGCAGUACAAACAAACCAUCGGCCUGGAUUUCUUUCUGAAGAGAAUAAGCCUUCCAGGCAACUUGAAUGUGACAUUGCAGGUGUGGGACAUUGGAGGCCAAACGUUAGGCGGGAAAAUGCUGGAUAAAUAUGUAUACGGAGCUCAUGGGGUUCUCCUGGUUUACGAUAUCACCAACUACCAGAGCUUUGAGAAUCUGGAGGAUUGGUUCAGCAUGGUGAAGAAGGCCAACGAGGAAUCUGAUGUCCAGCCGGUUGUCUCGCUGAUUGGGAAUAAAAUCGACUUGGAGCACAUGAGGACAGUGAAGGCUGACAAACACCAGCGUUUCUGCCAAGAGAACGGCCUCGUCAGUCAGUUCGUAUCAGCCAAGACGGGGGACUCGGUAAACCUUUGUUUCCAGAGAGUGGCUGCUGAGAUUCUUGGGGUAAAGCUGAACAAAGCAGAAAUAGAGCAGUCCCAGCGCGUGGUGAAGGCGGACAUCGUGAACUACAGUCAGGACACCGUGGCCCGGACAGUCAACCCCCCUCGCAGCUCCAUGUGUGUGUUGCAGUGACCCCCUCUCCAACACUUGAAGAUGUAAAAUUGCCUUCAGUCAGUAUUCGUCUUUCAGGAUGUGUUCAGAGUGUGUGUUCUCUGUAUUCCUGUGUGUCAGUUGUACGGGUGAGAUGAAGAACAGACUGUGUGGUUUCGAGGCCUUGGCCCGUAGUUCGGAUAUUUAGCAGGAAUGAUUUCUUGGGUGGUUUACCAAAAAGGAAACAAGACCUCCGUUUUUCUCUUUCUUUUUCAAGUUUACACGCAGCUAUCAUUUUAUUUCUGUGAUUCACCUUAACAACAGACUUAAUUCAUGUUUUAGUAUGAAGCUGGUUUAUUUAAAAGAGAACGACUGUAAUCACUCUGGUAAUUGAAAAUAUUUUUAUAUACAAGUAUAUUUUCCUCUGCCAUUGCUAUUAGACACAUUUGUUUUAAUGAUUAGAUAUGUUGCAUUUCUAAAGAUAACACUAUUUACAACAAAUCCAACUCUGACCUUUGACUGCAAAGUGGAUUUGUUGUUAGAGUUAAACAGGGAGGUGAAACCAAAAUAUAUUUUAUGUCUGUGGUGCUUCUCAGUUGAACAGAAGGGAAAUGGGCGUUAAGAAAAUGCUGUAGUGGACUGAAAUGAAUCUCAUUUUUUUCAAUUUGCCAAUUAGGGGCUUGCACUAGCAGUGCUGUGACGUCAACUGUGUACUGUUAUUUUACAUAAAUAUAAUUACAUUUUACAAUCUUAAAUCAAUAUUUACAUUUUAUAUUCUUUAUUCUUCAGAUUAUACAAAUCAUUAAACAGUAUCUCUUUCUCUAGAUGUUUCUUGUAGAGUCUUCGUGGUAUUUUGAUAAUAAAGCUUUACAUUUUUGCAUUUGUCCAGUUAAAAGUUCAUAUGUUGUGUUGUUAAAGUGUUGUUGAAGGUAGGUGAACAUGACUCAGGAAGCAUCUGAGUGUCAAACUGAAUGUGAGCUGAAACAUAAAACAUUUUAUUAGAGGUCUCUACAAAGCCUUAUUCAGCUGUCCAUUAUAGAACAGAAGUUUGAAGACCGGCUAUGAUGCAUGAAAUGCUUCAUAGGAUGAGUAUCUUCAUUUUAAUAGCCUGUUUGACAGUUUGUUUAUUGUUAGAGACAACUGAGAUAUUGUACGUUUAGUUUUGUCACGGUAGUUUCAACAUGCUUGUACAUUUUGGCAUGAUUUAAUGUGUUAUCCACCUACCGAAAAUAUCCUGCAAAUGAGUAAAAUAUGUAUUAGUACAAUAAAAACUCCAUUUCAAAGCUGCUUUCAUUGAUUAGAAAUGUUGAGAACACAUGCUGUAAAUUCUGAUCAUGUAAACAAAAUGUAUGUUUCAAACAAAUUAAGAAUGUUCAGGUUAAAGAGAAUGCUUAGUUGAUGUUAAACAGACAGAGUUUUGUGUUUCUAAAUAAAAAUGCUACA